AGUAAAGAUUAAAUAUAUACAUUUAUAGAAAUUAUAUUUAAUAUUUGCUGAUAGUGUAAUUUGGGUUGUGUAUCCUCGUUUUUUAUUGUAUUUGAAGCUCUUUUGGUUGUGUAAUAUUUAAAUUUUAAAAAUUAUAAUGGAAGAAGACAUAAGGUAACUAGUUUGUUUCUCUUUCCCUAUGAAAAUUGAUCAUUAUAAAUAUAAUAAAUGUUAACCUAAAAGUCUUCAAUAUUAAAAACAAUUGCAUUUUGCGAUGUAAGUACUAAUUUAAAAUUGUAAUUAAAUUAUUUUUAUAUCGUAAUCUAAAUCUUAUCAUGUGUGAUUGUGAUUAUCACAGGAGUUUGGACCUCGUAACACCCCGCAAUGUACAAUUAUCUGCAUAUUAUAAAAGAAGUUUCGCCUAUUAUUCAAUUAAACACAGAGAACCAGUGAUUUUAACUCAAUUAAUAGAUAAUUUAGCAAGGAGUAAGGAAGAAAUUGGAAUAAAAUAUGGAGAAGCUGCACAAGAAGAACUUAAAGAGAUAAUUGGUGAUCUUUCAAAAUUAAAAUAUGAAAUUCAAACAAAUAAACCACUUCAAAAAUUGUUUGGCCAAGAAAAUGAUGUCAAGCAUUAUAACAAUUACAUUGAAAAAUGUGCUUCUGAGGAAGGCAGGGCUACACACUAUCACACUGUAUGGUUACUAGCAGAAUGUUAUAUGUAUAGGAGAAUAAGGGAAAUAUUUUUAUCAAGGAGUUUACUAAAAGAUUAUGAUUAUUUUUAUAAAAACAAAGCUGAGGCUUUUUCCAGUGCUUUACCUUUAAUGGAAACUCUGGCUCAAACUUUGUUAAGGGCUACUGAUGACAGAGGUACUGAUACUGAGGGAUCUAUGAAAAAAGAAUUCAUACAGUUUUUGAAGCUUAAUUUAUGGGGUAAUAAAUGCGACUUAUCGUUAACUAUGGGUAAAGUAAUGUCAUCUGACCAGUUUGAUAUUUCUGAACUAGAGCCAAAUUUACUUGUCGACGAUUCAUCCGCCGUUUUUGAUUUAAUUUAUAACAAAGAUGAUUUGCCCUUACCAGACGUAAUUGAUAUUAUAAAUGAUAAUUCCGGAUACGAGGUAUUUACGGAUUUCUGCAUAGCUGAUUACUUGAUAUCAAAGGGAUUAAUUAGUGAAGUACGUUUUCACGUAAAAUCUUUCCCAUGGUUUAUAUCGGAUGUAACGGAGUCAGAUUUCAUGUGGGUGAUAAACCAACUCAUGGAAAGCCAGAAUGAGACUCUUAGUGCGUUGGGCGAAAAAUGGAACACUUAUCAAUAUACAGGCAAAUGGAAAGUUAUGACUCAUGAAUUUUGGACGUAUCCACAUGAAUUUAAGCAUAUGAAGGCAGUGGCUCCCGAUCUAUAUACACAACUAUCAGAAACGAGAUUAUUAAUUUUCAAAGGUGAUCUCAAUUACAGAAAACUAUUAGGUGAAAAGAACUGGGACCCUGCCACACCUUUUACGACAUCUUUGCAAGACUUCAAUCCUGCUCCAUUAUGCGCAUUACGCACCGUUAAGGCACAUUUAAUUUCUGGUUUGAAACCAGGAGUGGCAGAAAAACUGGAUGCCACUAACCCAAAGUGGAUGGAAACUGGAGAUUAUGGUGUUAUUCAGUAUUCAUCAAAAGUUGUACAUCUCAAUGAUGUACCCAACUAAUACUGUAUUUUCAAUAAAGCUAUGAGAAGAUAAA